AACAGAUCUUUCACUCAAAACCUGCCCAAUGAAGAGACUUCUUGCCGAAACAAGCCGAAGCUUGGGCUUUGCUGUGGCCCAAAGCUUCACCGAGGAUAUCCUCAUCGAGAUACUCUCGAGGCUACCGGUCAAGUCCUUGGUGCGAUUCAAAUGUGUAAGCAAGAGAUGGCGGUCUCUAAUUUCUGAACCUCACUUCGCCAAAUUGCACCUGCAAAGGCUCAUCUUGGAGAAUAUAACCCCUAGCCAGAAAAUCAUCAAAAGCAACCCGCUCCAAACCAUAGACUAUGAAGCACUCGACAACGAUGAGGUCAAUAAUCAUGUGGUGGUGGAGUCUCAUGACUUGGGAAAGGAUGAACCGUGGGGGCUCGCAGGUUCGUGCAAUGGCUUGGUGAGUUUGGCUGUCAACGAUGGAUUUCUCGUGUAUAACCCAACCACCAAGGAGUCCAGGAAGUUGCCAGGUUCUGAUUUAGUUGCAGAACACGAGUUCUUCCACGGAUUUGGUUACAGCUCCACAACUGAUGACUAUAAAGUAGUACAUGGAGCUUUCUCUAAAGCAAAUGAUGGCUCUAAGGAAUGUGUAUUGGAGAUAUUUUCGCUCCGAUCUGGUUCCUGGAGAAGGGUUCCUAGCAAAGAUGUUCCCAAGUUGAGUGGACCCGGAAUCUAUCUUAACGGGUCUGUUCAUUGGAUCGUGAACCAUGGAAAUGGAAGUAGGAUAGAGCAAGCGAUCAUUCCAUUUGGUUUGGCCACAGAAACAUUUGAAGAGGCAAUUCCAAUCCCCAAAGUCGAAGGUAUAGUUUAUGAGGGUCUGGGGAUUCACAGGGGACGCCUAUUUGCGUACGAUGUCACUUGGAGACUUUGUUUCGAGGCUUGGAUCAUGAAUGAAUAUGGGAAAGGGGAAUCCUGGACAAGAUUGUUCAGUGUCCCGACCGAUGGUUUACCUGCCUGUCAAUUUUAUACGAUCCCGAUAGCCUUCACCCAGAGCAAAAAAAUUGUUUUCCAGAUUGAUGUGUCGGAGAUGAUUUUGUUCAAUCCGGAGGAUGGUACUUACAAGAAUUACCCCAUUGAAGAGGAUGAUAAUGUUGAGUCUGCUAUAUAUGUGGAAACUCUUGUUUCACCCCACGUUGGCCAUGAGCCAUGA